CAAGAUGGCGGCCGAGGUGGAAUACGAGUCGGUUCUGUGUGUCAAACCUGACGUCAAUGUUUACCGAAUUCCGCCGCGAGCGUCGAACCGCGCCGUCAGGGCAGCUGAUUGGAAGUUAGAUGCUCCUGACUGGACAGGCCGAAUGAGAGUGACGGCCAGGGGAAAACUUGCCUAUAUUAAACUAGAGGAUAAGAUCUCAGGGGAGCUGUUUGCUCAAGCCCCGGUGGAUCAGUAUCCUGGUAUCACAGUCGAAACUGUAAGUGACUCAAGCCGCUACUUUGUACUUAGGAUUCAAGAUGACAGCGGUCGUAGUGCUUUUAUUGGCAUUGGAUUUGGGGACCGGGGAGAUGCGUUUGAUUUCAACGUGGCUUUGCAGGAUCAUUUCAAGUGGGUAAAGCAGGAUAAUGAGUUCAGUAAGCAGGCUCUAACUCCAGACUUGGGCCCUAAAUUAGACUUGGGGUUUAAAGAAGGUCAGACCAUCACUCUUAACAUUGGGCAAAGUAAGAAGAGAGAAAAGUCUCGUCCACAAAGUUCAGGUGGCCUUGGACUGCUUCCACCUCCUCCAAGUGGCAAAAUUGCUCCGCCUCCUUCAGCCACCUCCACCAAUAACAACAUAGAACCGCCAACGAGCGGUAGCAACUUGGGUUGUUUGUUGGACCUUGAAAGCAAUGAUCCUAACACUUUGGUUCAGCCAGCUCCUCCUAGCACAAAUGCUGACCUGUGGGGAGAUUUUACAUCUGACAGCUUAUCAUCUCAGCCCUCCAAGCCGGAGUCUGCCUCCACAAAUUGGGUCCAGUUCUGAGUUUGUGAUCCCACUGCUCACUUCAUGUCCCUGUUCCUACUUGUCACACACUGAAACUAUCACUUAAGUUUACCAGUACCCCUUUCUCUCUCUCUCUCUCUCUCUCUCUCUCUCUCUCUCUCUCUCUCUCUCU